AUGUCUGCCAAAACCAACGAUCUUUCGCCUACAAGUCUAGAGUAUGCUCAGUUACUAGAUAGUCAAGAUACCCUUGCCAGGUUCCGCAAAGAAUUCAAUAUUCCAACAAGACGUGACGUAUUGAGCCCUGAUCUUACUGCUGAUAAUGAAAAGGAACUAGACCUUCCCUGCACUUAUCUAUGUGGAAAUUCACUGGGACUGAUGCCUGAACUGGCGCGCAAAAGAGUUAUUGAAGAAUUGGAUGUUUGGUCAAAAAGAGGAGUCGAGGGACAUUGGAACCAUCCUCAUAAUCGUCCUUGGGUAACAAUUGAUGAAAUUGUAAAAGAACCUCUGGCCAGAAUAGUUGGUGCAAAGCCUAUUGAAGUUACGCCCAUGAACACCUUGACAUCCAACCUUCACAGCAUGAUGAUUACGUUUUAUCAGCCAACAAAGUCUCGUUUCAAGAUCCUUAUUGAAGAAAAGGCGUUUCCCUCUGAUCAUUACGCGGUUAGUUCGCAUAUCCAAUCAAGAGGAAUUGACCCGGAAGUCGGGCUACUCACCGUAGGACCCCGUCCACGAGAAAGUACCCUGCGUACGGAAGAUAUCAUCAAAACUAUCCGCAAUGACAAAUCAAUUGCUCUUGUUCUCCUGAGUGGCGUACAGUACUACACUGGCCAGUUGUUUGAGAUCGAGAAGAUCACCAAAGCUGGUCACGAAGAGGGUUGUAUGGUAGGCUGGGAUCUGGCUCACGCAGUUGGUAACGUGCCACUGCAGCUUCAUGAUUGGCAAGUCGACUUCGCAUGUUGGUGCUCUUACAAGUAUCUCAACUCUGGGCCUGGUGGAAUUGGGGGUCUGUUUGUACACGAGAAAUAUGCAAAUGACACUUCCCGACCAAGACUUGCUGGAUGGUGGGGAAAUGACAAGGAAAACCGAUUUGAAAUGAAGCCAGAAUUUAGUCCAAGUAAAGGUGCUGCUGGCUACCAAGUCAGUAACCCUGGUGUGCUUGUAACCAGUGCUCUGGCAGGAUCCCUCGAAAUCUUUGAUCAGGCCGGGUUCACAAACCUGCGCAACAAGUCUGUGCGCUUGACAUCUUUUCUCGAAACCCUGCUGGUCACCAUACUCGCCACACACUUGCGGGCCGGGCACUUCAAGAUCCUAACCCCAACUGAUGUCUCUCAGCGAGGAUGCCAGCUGUCACUCGAUUUUCCGGAGCGCAUGAUCGAAGUCUUUGAAGAACUCCAAAAGCGAGGAAUCAUCUGUGACGAACGUAAACCAACUGUCAUCAGAAUCGCACCAACUCCAUUGUACAAUUCAUUUGAGGACGUGCACAGAGUUGUGUACAGUCUUGGGCUUAUUUUGGAUCGUAUUUACCCCACAAAAAGCUAA